AGAGCAUCCUCAUUAUCUCUAAGACUUGUCAUAUCCUCUCUUGUCUCUCGUGAUCCAAUUCCUGACUCUCCCUGGUCAUUACUACUUUCGAGGUGAUCCACCGGUUCUCAGCGCCUAUCGCAUAUCGAUUGCCCCGUCACCGUAAUCAUCAAUCUUUUUUUCCCUUCCUUCCCGCCCCACCAAAAACAAAACUCAUUCCCCCCCCCUUCAAACCACCCCUCUUCCAGCCCCUCCCCGCCAACUAUCCCACCUCGAGGGUACCAACAAAUUGGGUCUCUUUUGUCUGUUGGAUCUUGGGAACAGACAAACCCACCAUGUCCGUGCUGCCCCAAGAGGUCCACACCGCGCUGUCCCAGCUGCUGCGCGCUCUCAGCACCCCCGACAAUGCUGUUCGAUCUCAGGCCGAAGAGCAGCUGAACAAUGACUGGGUCCAGAACAAGCCGGAUAUCCUGUUGAUGGGUCUGGCUGAGCAGAUUGCCGGUGCCGAAGACACAUUAACUCGAGCUUUCUCCGCUGUCCUUUUCCGAAGAAUUUCCACCAAGACCCGCAAGGAUCCUAUCUCCGGCGACGUCAAGGAGAUCUUCUUGAGUCUGCCCAACGAGCAGCGUGUUGCGAUCCGCGAGAAGCUAGUGAUAUGCCUGACCUCCGAGUCUGUCACUGAUGUGCGCAAGAAGAUUGGAGACGCUGUGGCCGAGGUUGCUCGCCAGUACACCGACAAUGGCGACCAAUGGCCCGAGCUGCUUGGUGUUCUCUUCCAGGCCAGCCAGUCUGGCGACUCCGGUCUUCGCGAGACUGCCUUCCGUAUUUUCACAACCACCCCCGGCAUUAUUGAGAAGCAGCACGAAGAUGCUGUUCUCGCUGUCUUUACCAAGGGAUUCGAGGAUGACAAUAUCUCGGUGCGCAUUGCCGCCAUGGAAGCCUUCGCCUCUAUGUUCCGCUCUAUCGACAAAAAGUCCCAGACCAAAUUCUUCUCCCUUAUGCCCGCUCUUCUCAAUAUCCUUCCUCCUCUCAAGGAAUCCAGCGAGAGUGAAGAGCUUUCGUCAGCAUUCUUGGCUCUCAUCGAGCUGGCUGAGAUCAGCCCGAGAAUGUUCAAGGGCUCUUUCAGUGACUUGGUAAAGUUCAGCAUCAGCGUCAUUGCCGACAAGGAGCUUAGCGACCAGGUCCGCCAGAAUGCGCUGGAGCUGAUGGCAACCUUCGCCGACUACGCUCCCAAAAUGUGCAUCAAGGAAGCCAACUUUGCCCAGGAGAUGGUCACCCAAUGUCUGAGUCUGAUGACCGAUGUGGGUGUGGAUGACGAUGAUGCCGAGGAGUGGAACGCUUCCGAAGAUCUUGAGCCCGAGGAGAGCGACCUCAACCACAUUGCCGGUGAGCAGUGCAUGGACCGUCUGGCCAACAAGCUCGGUGGUCAAGCUAUUCUCCAGCCUGCUUUCUCCUGGAUUCCUCGCAUGAUGUCUUCGACUGCCUGGCGCGACCGCCACGCCGCUCUGAUGGCCAUCUCUGCCAUCUCAGAGGGUUGCCGCGACCUGAUGAUCAAUGAGCUUGACCAGGUCCUUGCUCUGGUUGUCCCCGCUCUGCGUGAUUCUCACCCUCGUGUCCGCUAUGCAGGCUGCAACGCCCUCGGCCAAAUGAGUACCGACUUUGCCGGUAUUAUGCAGGAGAAGUACCACGGCAUUGUUCUGAACAACAUCAUCCCCGUCCUCAGCUCCGCCGAGCCCCGCGUACAGUCUCAUGCCGCUGCCGCGUUGGUCAACUUCUGUGAGGAGGCUGAGCGCAGCAUCCUCGAGCCCUACCUUGGUGACCUUUUGAGCCGCCUCUUGGAGCUCCUGCGCAGCCCCAAGCGUUACCUCCAGGAACAGGCUUUGUCGACUAUUGCUACUAUUGCCGAUUCUGCCGAGACUGCUUUCGGUCAAUACUACGACACCCUCAUGCCCCUAUUGCUCAACGUCCUUAAGGAGGAACAGGGCAAGGAAUACCGCCUGCUCCGUGCCAAGGCCAUGGAGUGUGCUACUCUGAUCGCUUUGGCCGUUGGAAAGGAGAAAAUGGGCCAGGAUGCGCUGAACCUCGUUCAGAUCCUGGGCCACAUUCAGCAGAACAUCGUCGAUGCUGACGACCCUCAAUCACAAUACCUUCUCCACUGCUGGGGCCGCAUGUGCCGUGUCUUGGGCCGUGACUUCGUUCCCUACCUGCCCGGUGUUAUGCCUCCUCUGCUGACCGUGGCCGCCGCUAAGGCCGACAUCCAGCUGCUGGAUGACGAGGACCAAAUUGAACAGGUUGAGCAGGAUGAAGGGUGGGAAUUGGUUCCGCUCAAGGGCAAGGUCAUUGGUAUCAAGACCAGUGCUCUGGAGGACAAGAACACUGCCAUCGAGUUGAUCACCAUCUACGCUCAAAUUCUGGAGGAGGCCUUCGAGCCUUAUGUUCUGGAGACCAUGGAGAAGAUUGCCGUUCCCGGUCUCGCAUUCUUCUUCCAUGACCCCGUCCGUGUGUCGGCCGCCAAGCUGGUGCCCCAGCUGCUCAACUCUUACAAGAAGGCCCACGGCGGCAACUCCCCCGGCUUUGCUGAGAUGUGGAACAAGGUGGCUGAGAAGAUUAUCGAAGUGCUCAGUGCCGAGCCUACCGUUGAUACAUUGGCGGAGAUGUACCAGUGCUUCUACGAGUCCGUCGAGGUCGUUGGCCCCAACAGCCUGUCCCCGCAGCACAUGCAGGCUUUCAUCGACUCUGCCAAGUCUACGCUUGAAGACUACCAGAUGCGCGUCAAGCAGCGCCUGGAGGAGCAGGCCGAGCUUGAGGAGGGUGAUGAGGAGAACCUCGACUACGAGUAUGCCAUUGAGGAUGACCAGAACCUGCUCAGCGACAUGAACAAGGCCUUCCACACUAUCUUCAAAAACCAAGGUACCACUUUCCUGCCCGCCUGGCAACAGCUGAUGCAGUUCUACGACAACUUCAUCACCAGCCAGGACCCGACCCAGCGGCAGUGGGCCCUGUGCAUCAUGGAUGAUGUACUGGAGUUCUGCUCUGCCGAGUCUUGGUCCUUCAAGGACCACAUCAUGCAGCCGCUGGCUUCCGGCCUGCUGGAUGAAAACGCUGCUAACCGUCAGGCCGCCGCUUACGGUGUCGGUGUUGCCGCCCAAAAGGGUGGCGCUCCUUGGGCCGACUUUGUUGCUGCCAGCAUCCCCAGCCUGUUCCAGGCCACUCAACACCCGCAAAACCGCACCGAGGAGCACGUCUUCGCGACCGAGAACGCCUCGGCCAGUAUCGCCAAGAUCCUUCACUUUAAUGCCUCCAAGGUGCCUAAUGCUCAGGAUGUUGUGAACAACUGGAUCGAGACGCUGCCGAUCACUUAUGAUGAGGAGGCCGCACCCUAUGCUUACUCGUUCAUUGUUCAGUUGGUGGACCAGCAAAACCCUGCCGUCAUUGCCAAGGCUGACCGCGUCUUCGGCUUCAUUGUGCAAGCCCUCGAUGCCGGCACUCUGCAAGGCCAGACCGCUGCCCGGGUUGCCCAGGCGGCUAAGCAACUGGUUGCGGCGACCAACUUGAACGCCGAGUCGAUCCUGGCUGGUGUUAGCCCGGAAAGCCAAGAGCGGGUUCGCAAGUUUUUCCAGUAGAGUCCGGCUCGGCUUUUUGUUUUAUAUCCGUGGCAACCUACCUUGUCUGCCCAUCCCGGUUGUUAUUUCCCACUUGUCUGUUAAUCAUUCCCCUUGGGCUAUGUGAAUCCGAUGCUAGUAAAGACGUGAAAUGCUUUUUUUUAAUUCCCACCCAAUUUCCCCCCCCCCCCCCCGUCUUUAUGUCCCUGUGCCACGCCCGUACGAAUUAUAAAGUACCACGACACCACAAUCAAUGCCAGGGUUGUUUGGUCCAUAUGCUUAUUUAUAGAUGGAGUGACUGUCCUAUGAUCUGGAUUCUAUUGCUAGUCAAUUAUGAUGGUAGCUUCUAUAGGUCUUCGUCGUUCGGUCAUGCCUAUACUACAGAUUACUAGACCUACGAACCUCCCUAGCAACAAUCUCCUCCAACGAGGUCGUCCGUGGCUCUCCAAUCAGCCCGUUCGCCCGCUGCUCAUAUAGCGUGCCACCCUCUGCCCAGAUUCGCCGCAGAGUCGCUAGCGUCGCCGCGGGAUUCCCAUUUGCCCAUGCCUCGUCCUCGAUCUCACGCAGUCGCUUCAGAGGCGUAUAAGACACCUCCCAGGGCCCUGGAACUUGGCGCUCAAAGAGAGCCUGGAUCUCAGCCGGGCUAGUCGUGAAGGAGUUGACACACAGCGGGCGAUUGCGUGUCUCGGGUGUUGCGUUGAGCAGAGUCGAGACGACAAAAGUACCCACGCUGUUGAUCCCCAUUAGCCAACUAAUCACAAAAUCUGCCUCGAAGACCAGAAGUGAAACUUACUCCUCCAUCGUCGUCAAACUAAGCCUCUCCUCCCCCUUCUCUCCCAAAAGCACCGCCUUCCUCUCCUUCACAUCCCACCCACCCGCCUCCUCGACUCCGGGGUCGAUCUGCAAAUACAUCUCCGCAAAGGGACCCGUCACGAUAUACGAGUAGUCCAAAUCCUUGCGGGAGAUUUCGUUCUCCAGGACGGCGCGGACUUUGAGUUUCUGCUGGUGGGGCUUUUCGUGGGCCGAGGCUGGACUGUAGGCGAUGUCUGUGCCGUAUUCGGAGGGGAAGAACCAUUUGAUGGAUGGAGAGGCGGCGGCAAGCCGGAUGAGGGGGAUCUGUUGGGCGAGGGUGUUACGGCCUAGGGCGGAAAUGACGGUCG